GUGAAAUGGGAGGUUGCUGCAAUAACAAAGCUGGUCAGACCGGCAAGAGCGAAAGUCAUCCAAGGUUUAAGACUAUACAAGGGAAGAUUUUUGAAAACCAAAAGAAAAAGAAGGCUACUGAAGCAAUGAUAAUUGCUUUUGAUUAUAUUGAGUCCAAGGGAGCAUCUAAGAAAGAGGCCAUAGACUCUAUCAUGAAUAUGAAACCUUCUUAUGGGGUUUUAUGUGUUCUAGAUGUUAUCUUCGAUUACUUAGAUUUCGAUGAUCUCAAAAUCGUGGCUGGUGGAUGCAAACUCUUUUGAUAUGUUGCCACACUUGAUCGGCUUCUUGAAAAAUAUCAGUAUGAGCCAGUUCUUCAUGAUCAUAAUUAACCUCUAUGAUGAAGAUUAUGAGGAAGAAAAGGUUAAUUGAAAAGAAGGCCUGAGACAUGAUGAAGGCCAAGACUCAGAAAUUUGACAACAUAGAGUUGACAGUGAUUUCAAGAAUAGAACUACAGACUCGCAACAAUCUGUCACUUAUGGGAACCACUCGAAGAGGGAGAGUAAGUCAUCAAUGUCUUCAUGAUCACCAUGGAUGACGACAAAGAAGCCGACCAAAGGAUGCGAGGAGUCUCCAGCUCUCCGUAAAGGACUUUUGUCAAAGCAGAAAACACUGAUGCAUCAAAUCAUGUACAUGAGAAAUAUAACUCAAGCUCAAAGAGAAAGGAGCCAAGACUCAUUUAAGAAAACAGUUGCUUUCUCUAAUGGAAUGGGCGAAGCCUACAGUGAUGUUGACCAUUUUAACCAGUGACUUAAGUCUUUAAGUAGCGAAGAAAACACGGAUUUGAUCGAUAUUGGAAAUCCUGGAAUCGCAAGUUUGAACUCUGGAAUUAUUGGGAGUCCUGAAUCUAUAGCUGAGCAAAAAUAGAAGCUCAAAGGCUAUUCCUUUAACAGACCCCAACUAUACUCAUGAUUCGACUCAAUCCUCAAAUUCAAAGUUACGUCGACAUACUGACCAGGUGCUAAACCCUCACCAAUUCUUCAAAAACUCUAAUGUUCCACACAACAGACCUAGCAUGUUCUUGCCAUAUCAUCUUCCUUGUAUUAGAGAGUCAGUAAAUGAGUCAAAUGAGCGCAAGAAUACUUUUUCAAAGAAGACCCCCUCCUCAUCUAGUGAAACAAGCAAGAGCCAAUCAGACCAGGAAAUCUUGACUAUUGAUUUUAAGGAUUUUUAAAAUAACUUUAUUGCUAAAGAUUGUACAAAAGGGUACUUAGAAUCUGGAUAGGAAUUAUACACACCAAAUAGGCCUUUUGGGCUGAGAUUCUACAC